AUGCAUGCCUUUCGAGCCUGGACGGCGGCUGUUGCCUUCUUGGCCCCGUUCGCUGCCGCCGCAGCGCUAACCACAAACGGAAGUUCUGACGGUCAGAUCUGCGAGCACAGCCCGAACUCGCGGCGCUGCUGGGCUGCAGGCCUAACGAUUGACGACGACGCCACCCAGCGCUGGCCCAACACGGGCAAAAUCAUCGAGUACAACUUUGACAUCACAAACACCACCUGCAAUCCCGACGGCCAUGGGUCGCGCGUGUGCCUUCUGAUCAAUAACCAGUACCCCGGCCCGGUUGUUUCAGGAUCCUGGGGCGAUACUGUGCGCAUCACCGUCACCAAUCACAUGCAGAACAAUGGCACCGAGAUCCACUGGCACGGCCUCCGCCAGCUCGGUACCAACCCCAUGGAUGGUACAAACGGUAUCACGAGCUGCCCGAUCGCCCCUGGAGGAUCGAAGACGUACACCUUCCAGCUCACGCAGCAUGGCACAUCCUGGUAUCACAGCCACUUCUCUGCGCAGUGGGGAGAUGGUGUAUUUGGACCCAUUGUAGUCCACGGCCCAGCUACGGCCGACUACGAUGUCGACUUGGGGAGUAUGAUGCUUUCGGACUGGUUCUACCAGACUGCUUUCCAGACUUAUUACACCGUCAACGCGAACCUGCAGCUGCUUCCCACCGGCGACUUGGCAGCCAGUGGCCCGCCUCCAGCCGAAAACAUUCUCAUCAAUGGAACAGGCAAGUCUCUUGAUGGCCAAGGCGAAUUCUUUAUCACGACUCUCAAGCAUGGCCAGCGCUACCGUCUGCGGCUCAUCAAUGGUGCUAUCGACAAUCAGCUGCUGGUGACGCUGGAUGGCCAUCCUUUUGAGGUCAUUGCAGCCGACUUUGUCCCUGUACAGCCAUUUACCACAACGCAGCUGCUUCUGAAUAAUGGCCAGCGGUACGACGUAAUAAUAACGGCCAACCAAUCCAUUGGCAAUUACUGGUUCCAUGCAAAUGUCUCGGACGCUUGCCGCAGCUUCAACCAGAACCGCGGUCGUGCCAUUUUCUCUUAUGAAGGCAGCGAGCCAGGGGAACCAGAUGAAGACCUUUCUGAACUGAAUGCUACCUGCGAUGACCCGCAGCUGGUGCCUUGGGUUCCCGAAAGUGUUCCACGCGAGGGCUUUGAGAGUGCUGUGCAGACGCUCGAAUGGGAUGCACUAGCAACAGGACCCACGGCGGCUAAUGAGAACAUAGUCUUUUGGAGUGUCAACGGUUCUUCAAUCAAGGUAGAGCUUGGAGAGCCCAUUCUCUCGUCCAUCUACGAUCAUGGCCCGAAUGGAACUCUUCCCGCAGCUGCCAAUGUUGUCAACAUCCCCCAUGGAGCCGAGUGGACGUACUGGAUCAUUCAAGAACCCGAAGAUUCUCUUGUUCCCAUUCCCCAUCCGGUCCACCUUCACGGCCAUGACUUCUUCAUACUCGGCCAUGGCUCGGGGAUGUGGAACGCGAGUGUGCCAUUGAACUUCGAUAAUCCUCCGCGGCGUGACACGGCAACUCUUCCGAGUGGCGGAUGGCUGUUGCUGGCAUUCAAAGCGGACAAUCCAGGCGCUUGGCUGAUGCACUGCCACAUCGCAUGGCACGUUAGCCAGGGCUUGGCUGUUACUUUUCUAGAGGGACGCGAUCAGAUACCUUCAAAGCCGGACGGUUACGAUGAGACUUGUACUGCUUGGAACGCUUAUGCAGAAGAUGCGUUCUGGGGUCAGAGUGACUCGGGACUGUAG